AGGGCCUUUGGAGCAGAUUGGAGCAGUUUUCUCGAUAGACACCGUUAAAUAAAAACUAACAAGAUCAGGUGGAUCUUUCACAAGACAUCAUUAUUAGACAGGGCAAUUUAUUCUCAUCAUGUCAGAACUCGUGGACUUUCACUUGGCCAACAUCUUGCGGAUGACCCACCACAUAGCUUACAAAGAUCAUGCUCACUCAAUUUCAACCAGCACAACUGAUACAAAAAGCCAUGAAGAGUAUAAUAGUAGUGAUAACGAUGACAAUGACGAAGAAAGUGAAGAAGAGCUUAUUGUGCGCGCCUUAGAUAAAGUGCGUGAAGAAUUGAAGAGAAAUAUCCUUGACUUUAAGGCCAAGCUCGCAAGUCGAAAGGAGCAACAGCAGCUUCUAUCUAACGCAGAUUUCCCACCGUUGGAAGAAGUUGAAUAUGGCAUGGAGGACGUCGAUAUCUUUUACAAGGCCCCGAUCUGGCCCGUCUUAGAUGACAGUGACGACACAGAAACCUUGUCCGACACUGAUUCAUUGAUUAACCGCCAUCGUGAUCCAGAGUUCGGCCAGCGCGGUGAUAUGCUCCCGGAUUACGGCGACGUGGUGCCGCCCACACUCCCUCCGCGCCCCAACGAGCAGAAGAGCCAUUUACCAGAUAUUCAAUCUUCCUCUCUGACGAGCCCUGUGUAUGAUCGCGAUUGGUUGGUAAACCAAUGUAUCGCUCAUUUAGAGCAUUAUGGUGAUCCAACUACAGAAAUGACAUCGAGGCGACUCUCCAUUGACAUUUUUACAAUCCUUCGGUCCGAUAAGCUGGAUGAUGACAUCCAGAUUAACUUGGUGGAUUUGUUGGGUUUCGAAAAUUUCGAGUUUAUUACGGCGUUGUUGACCAAUCGACGUACUAUUGUGGAAAAUGUCAUGUCCCAGACUACAUAUGACUUCGAUUCAAAGCUUCCAAAAAGCUACAAAGCCGAGCACCAUGACAGCAAUUAUAGAGCACCUUUGGGAGGCAACUUUACUGUCCAGACCGAAGAUGAGAAGUGGGCAGCUAAGCUGGCACGAAAGGAGCGUAAAAAGUAUGGCGCGCGCGACGAAGAAGAUGAGGCGGCAUUGUCAUCUGCUAUUUUGGGAUUUGACAAAGAAGAUCUGCGCAAGGCACGCGAGGAGCAGCUACGAAAUAACGCGGCCAUGCCUCUCGCCAGUUCUCAGCAGAAAACAAACUUUAGCACACCAGAUUACCCCCAUGUCUAUCAGUCCGCCAAGGGUGGCAACAUGCUAUCGUCAAUUGGUAAGGGUUUUGCAUUACCUCCUGGAACUACCCGUAUAGAUGAGAAGGAUUACGAGGAAGUUGCUAUUCCUAUUACCAAGCAGGCGCCGCGUCGUGCAACGGAGAAACUCAUAAACCUUGAAGAUAUGGAUACGCUCUGCAGUACUACUUUCAAAGCUUACACUUCUCUCAAUCGCAUUCAAUCUAUCGUGUAUCCCGUGGCGUAUGAAACGAACGAAAAUAUCCUCAUGUGCGCCCCUACAGGAGCAGGUAAAACCGACGUUUCACUUCUGACAAUUUUAAGGACACUUUAUCAACACUGUGCUCCUACGCCUCGUAAAGGUAUCGAUCCCAAAGAGUAUGUCGUAGCAAAGAACGAUUUUAAGAUUGUAUUUGUGGCUCCAAUGAAGGCUCUUGCAGCAGAAAUUGUGCGCAAGUUUAGCUCGCGUCUCAAGUGGCUCGGGAUUGAGGUCCGUGAGUUGACCGGAGAUAUGCAGCUGACCAAAGCUGAGAUUGCUAGUACGCAAAUUAUUGUGACAACACCCGAGAAAUGGGAUGUCGUUACUCGUAAGAGCACAGGUGAUGUUGAAUUGGCCCAAAAGGUUCGCUUAUUGAUUAUUGAUGAGGUCCACUUGCUGCAUGACGAGCGUGGCGCGGUGUUGGAGAGCAUUGUAGCACGUACGCUGCGCCAAGUCGAAACAUCCCAAUCCAUGAUUCGCAUUGUCGGUCUUUCUGCCACACUUCCAAAUUAUGUAGAUGUGGCCGCAUUUUUGCGUGUCAAUCCAUAUCAGGGCUUAUUUUACUUUGACGCUGGUUUCCGCCCUGUACCUUUAGAGCAGCAUUUUUGCGGUGUCCGUGGCAAGUAUGGUUCAUCCCAAUAUAAUCGCGGUUUGGACCAGACAUGUUAUGACAAGGUUGUCGAUCUCGUCAAACAAGGACAUCAAGUCAUGGUCUUUGUGCAUUCUCGUAAGGACACUGUUAAGACAGCUCAGAUGUUAAAACAGAAAGCCAAUGAUGAAGAUGAAGCUAUCUUCUUUGACACUUCAAGCCACCCACAACAUGAGAUCAAGAAGAGGGAGCUCGCAAAAUCCAGGAAUCGGGAAAUGAAAGAACUCUUCAACUAUGGAUUCGGUAUCCAUCACGCCGGAAUGCUUCGCGCAGAUCGAGCACUUACAGAAAAGUUGUUUGCCGACGGUCUUAUCAGAGUUCUCUGCUGUACAGCAACGCUCGCAUGGGGUGUCAAUCUGCCAGCAUAUGCUGUAGUCAUCAAGGGCACUCAGGUUUAUAAUACUCAGAAAGGUGCUUUUGUUGACUUAUCAAUUCUGGAUGUGAUGCAAAUUUUUGGUCGUGCUGGUCGUCCACAGUAUGAAUCACACGGUGUGGGCUACAUUUUGACAACUCAAGACAAGCUGAACCAUUAUGUCGCCCUUAUCACGCAACAGCUUCCUAUUGAAUCGAGGUUUAUCGAAAGCGUGGUCGAUAAUUUGAAUGCUGAGCUAUCUCUUGGAACAAUUACUAACGUGGAUGAGGCUGUCACUUGGCUCAGCUACACCUACUUGUACGUACGUAUGCGCAAGAACCCAUUGGUCUACGGCAUGAGUCAUACAGAGCCUACGGAGGAUCCAUUGCUCGGCAAGAAACGCCGCGAUAUUAUUGUCGCUGCAGCAAAAUCUCUGCAUAAAGCUCAAAUGAUCAUUUACGAUGAAAAUACAGGAUACCUUACACCUAAGGAUUUGGGACGCAUUGCCUCAAACUAUUACGUCUCAUAUAACAGUGUCAAUACUUACAAUAGUCUGAUGAAGCCUCGAAUGACAGAAGCCGACGUCCUCGCAAUGGUCAGCAGGAGUACCGAGUUCGAAAACGUGAAGUCCAGAGAUAAUGAGCAAUCUGAACUAAAGAAGCUAUUGGAACAAGCAUGUCCUUGUGAUGUUAAAGGCGGAUUGGAUGCUUCACCAUCUAAGGUCAAUAUCUUACUUCAAGCAGCCAUUACGCAAGCACCAUUGGAAGACUUUGCAUUAGUCUCGGACAGCGCUUAUGUUGCACAGAAUGCCUCGCGUAUCAUCCGUGCUAUGUUUGAGAUCGCCUUGAAUCGCAGCUGGGGUCCUGUGGCAAAUGUGCUUUUAUCGCUUGGCAAAUCGGUUGACAAGAAGAUGUGGUCAUUUGAACAUCCGCUUGCACAAUUUGGUCUACCACGCGAUAUUAUCACUAAACUGGAGGCACGCACGCAUCCGCCUACCAUUGAGGAGAUGAGAGAAAUGACUGUGAAUGAACUGGGAGAGCUUGUUCGGUUUCACAGGAUGGGUCAGACUAUCUCCAAGUGUUUAGACCAAUUCCCUGUUCUGCAAAUGGAUGCUCAGGUCGCACCUAUCACCCGAAACGUCCUCCGAGUCGCUCUCACAAUAACACCAGACUUUAUGUGGAAUGAUCGCAUUCAUGGAUUCAAUGAGCCCUGGUGGAUUUGGGUUGAGGAUUCGAACAAUACAGAAAUUCUCCAUUCUGAGUACUUUUUGUUGUCACGGAAACAGCUAGGUCAACCUCAAGUUAUUACCUUUACUAUCCCUGUCAUUGAGCCACUGCCACCACAGAUCUUUGUUCGCGCUAUUUCUGACAGGUGGAUUGGAGCCGAGUCUGUGCAUCCUAUAUCAUUCAAGCACUUGAUUCUCCCAGAACUUUAUCCACCUCACACAGACCUUUUAGACCUGCAACCACUUCCAGUGUCUGCACUACAUAACGACGUCCUGGAGGAGAUCUGCCUCAAGAGAUUCUCUCACUUUAAUCCAGUGCAAACGCAGAUCUUCCAUACCCUCUAUAACACUGGCCACAAUGCUUUGAUCGGUGCUCCUACAGGUUCUGGAAAGACCGUUGCUGCCGAGCUAGCUAUGUGGUGGGCAUUCAAGGAUCAGCCAGAUAGUAAGGUUGUUUAUAUUGCACCCAUGAAGGCCUUGGUUCGCGAGCGUGUCACUGAUUGGACUACGCGAUUAGUAGGCCCCAUGAACAGGAAGUUAGUUGAGUUGACUGGAGAUGUCACGCCUGACAUCAAGUCUAUCGAGAGCGCCGAUAUCAUUAUAACAACCCCCGAGAAAUGGGAUGGAAUCAGUCGUAACUGGCAAACAAGGCCAUACGUUCGGAAAGUGUCGUUAGUAAUCAUUGAUGAGAUCCAUCUGCUCGGCGGUGACCGCGGCCCGAUUUUGGAGGUCAUUGUUUCACGUAUGAACUACAUUGGUGCACAGCUAAGCAAGAGGAUUCGACUUGUAGGGCUCUCGACCGCCUUAGCUAACGCUCAUGAUCUGGCAGACUGGCUUGGCAUUCAAGAAGUUGGCUUGUUCAACUUUAGGCACUCAGUUCGUCCUGUACCUCUCGAGAUCUAUAUCGAUGGCUUCCCGGGAAAGCACUACUGUCCACGCAUGGCAACAAUGAAUAAGCCUACAUAUGCUGCGAUCAAGACUCACUCCCCUAGCCAACCUGUCAUUGUCUUUGUUUCAUCGCGUCGUCAGACACGCCUCACUGCUCAAGAUUUGAUUGCGUAUUGUGCCAUGGAAGACAAUCCCAGACGAUUCUUGCACAUGCCGGAGGAGGAACUUGAGGUGCUUUUGACUAAAGUCCAAGACUCGAGUCUUCGCCUUUCACUUGGAUUCGGCAUCGGUUUACAUCAUGCCGGUCUUACAGAGAGCGACCGCAAACUCGUAGAGGAACUCUUUGUAAGCACCAAAAUCCAAAUCCUGAUUGCCACCAGUACACUGGCCUGGGGCGUGAACUUCCCUGCGCAUCUGGUGGUUAUCAAAGGUACAGAGUAUUAUGAUGCUAAAACACGUACGUAUGUUGACUUCCCAAUCACGGAUGUUCUGCAGAUGAUGGGGCGAGCAGGCCGACCUCAAUUUGAUCAGGAAGGUAUUGCUAGGAUUUUUGUUCACGAUAUCAAGAAAAACUUUUACAAGAAGUUUUUGCAUGAGCCUUUCCCAGUCGAAUCAAGCCUGCAUCUACAUUUAGAUGACCAUUUGAAUGCGGAGAUUGUUGGGGGAACCAUCAAGACAAAACAGGACGCUAUGGACUAUUUGACUUGGACAUACUUUUAUCGCCGUCUUCAGAUGAAUCCCAGUUACUACGGAGUCCAAGAUUUGACGCCACUAGGUGUUAAUACGUUCUUAUCAGACUUGAUUGAGAAGUCGAUAUCAAACCUGGAGAAAUCUAGUUGUGUGGAGGUCAUAGACGAUUUUGAGAUCGAGUCCACAUCGCUUGGAAAGAUUUGCUCGUUUUAUUAUCUGAUGCAUCCAACCAUCCAACAUUUACAAGAAUACUUGAAGCCCGAUUCUACGUAUGAGGAUCUAUUAAUGAUUCUAUGCGGUGCGAUAGAGUACUCGGAGCUACCAGUGCGCCAUAAUGAGGAAAUCGUCAACAAGGAGUUAGAGCAAGGACUACCACUGUUGAUCGACUCUUCUAUGUCAUACGAUAGCCCACACGCCAAAUCAUUUUUGUUGCUGCAGGCUUAUUUUGAGCGAAUGAGAUUGCCAGUUGCAGAUUACAUUACUGACACUGUAUCGGUCCUUGAUCAAUCUGUCCGUGUUUUACAGGCAAUGAUUGAUAUAACAGCUGAGAAGGGCAUGUUGCAGCCUUGUUUAUCCACUAUGAAUAUCUUACAAUCCGUCAAGCAAGCUCGAUGGAGAGACGAGUCUCUUUUGACUUUGCCUCAUAUUGAGAAGCACAUGCUCUCUAUACUGACAGGUGCAUCUCGUCAUGGGCACAACAACAAGGGUCACUCUGUCAAGGCUUCCAACAAGACAGUCGAACGGCUCUUUGAUUUGACCUCAAUGUCUGAGCAAGAAAUCAAAUCUUUCUUCUCCAGAAUUCAUUCGCUUAAUGUAGGCCAAUUACAAGACAUUUGGAAGGUUGUUCAGAAACUCCCGCUACUGAAAGUCACAUCCAGCAUUGAUACAGGCAUCAAGUCCUUCUUAGUUGGAGAUCUCACCUACAAGGUCAAUUUGGAGCUCAACAGAGUAAAACGCCCUGGCGUCACAUAUGAUGGUCGUGUAUAUUGCCCUAAAUUCCCUAAACCACAAUGGGAGUCAUGGUGGGUGGUCCUGGAAGAUCCAGAUACCCAGGAGCUCGUGGCAUUGAAGCGCGUUAAUAUGCGCACAGGACCCCAAGGAGAAUUUAUUAAUAAGGUCACGACGAAACUAGAAUUCGUUGCACCAAAAAGAGCAGGAAGACAUGCGUGGAAAAUUCACCUUUACAGUGAUGGCUAUCUGGGCAUGGACCAGACUGUAGAAAUUCAAUUCGAUGUUAUGAAUUAGAUUUAAAGUAAUACAUUACAUGCUAUUAAAAUUUCACAUCUC